GAGAGAGAGAGAGAGAGGAAUUGAUCGCCCGAGUCUGAGCUUUCUAUCCUGAAGGGGUGUGUGUGUGUGUGUAUGCAGUAUUUUUGGUCCGUCGUGUUUCAAUCGCGCAUGUGUGUGUGUGAUGGCUGGAGCUUCCCGAGAGGAGGAAGGAUGGAUUUUUUGGCAGAUGAAUGAAGCCCACAGCAACAGGUUGAGCUAACAGCAGGUUUCAGGAGGGCUGCGGCGACUCUGAAGCUUCUGGACGCUCGCAGGAUGAAGCAGGACCAUGUGUAGUGUCCAUUACAACCACUCCCUGGCCAGUAUGAGUGGCGGAGAGAUCGUGGCGUACUCUCUGACGCUGGAGCAGAAGACGGCGUUCGCCUUCGUCGGAAUGCUGCUGGUGUUCCUCGGCCUGCUGAUCGUGCGCUGCUUCCGGAUUCUUCUGGACCCCUACAGCAGCAUGCCCUCCUCACACUGGGGCGACGGGCUGGAGGUGCUGGAGAAAGGGACGUUUGAGUACGCGCUCACCUGACACACCCGCACAUGAGGCCACGCCUCAUCUCUGAGGCCACGCCCCCUGAUCUGAGACUGCUGUUGCAUUCUGGCAACAUUAGAGGCUUGUGUUUCCCAUUUGGAUCAACAGUGCACACCAUAUGACUUUAAUGAACUUGAGUGUCAUCGUGGGAAAAUAGGUAAUACCCAUAUCUGAGGCCACACCCUUACCUGAGAUUGCAGCCUUACCUUUGGCCACGCCCACCUGUUCACAGUCUAAUCGGAUUACAAUUUAAUCUGAUCCUAUACCAUUACCAGAGGCCACGCCCUUAUCCAUGAACGGAGCAUUACUUGAAGCCACACCCUCAUCAGAGGCCACACUCUUACCUGAGACCACAGCUUGACAUUACCUGAGGCCAUGCCCUUGUUUUAGACAAUAGUGUCACUUGAAGCCAUGCCCCUACCCAAGGCCACACCCCUAUCUAAGACCACAGCAUCACCUGGAUACAUGGCCUUACCUGAGGCCACAACUUUAACAGAUAUUGCACUGUCACUUGAUGCCACACCCUUUUUUGAGACUGCAGCACAAAUUGAAUAAAUAGCUUUACCUGAGACCACACCUUUAUCAGAUAUGACAGUGUCACUUGAUGCCACAUUCUCGCCAUAGGCCACACCCUUUUCUGAGACAGCAGCAUCAUUUGAAGACACAGCCUUGCCCAAGGCCACCCCCCUGUCUGACACUACAGC